AGUUUUGAAAAGUUUAACAGUCGGGACUCGCUGAGUGUAAGUCGCGAUGACUGCCUGUUGACUGCAAGCAGUGGAUUGUGCGUGUUAUUUCAGAGAUUUUAUCAGUAUUUUCGGUCAAAUAUGACAAAGAUUAUAUUUUAACGAUUUACGGAGCAACGCACGUUGGAUGCCACAGACGGUGACUCCCAUUUUUUAAAGAAAGAGCUUUUCACUCGCCCAGCUGCCACCAUGAGCUCUGUACUGUCUUCUGUACAGACUCUCAUGCAGAUGUUCGAUGAGAAAAAAGAUGAAUUUAUUCGUGAAAUUGAUAAUGUCCACAUGGUUUGGCUUGAGGAGAUCCAGCAAGAGGCCAACCGCAUGUUUUCAAGAGAUUUUAACACAGAGCUAGAGUUGAUGCCCAAGACACCAUCGCAAAAAAAGAAUAGCCGCAGAAAGCGUGUGUCUGUGGGGCGCCAGGAAGAAGGUCAAACCAGGAGGUUCUCUAAGGGAAGACGCAGUAAUCUUCGAGGUUCCUCUGUCAAGUCAUUGAACUUCAUUGCUGAAGAUGAAUCUUCUGCAGCUCAAAGCAGGACACGACCUCAACGCACUACUCGGAGAAACAAACAAACCCAAGUAGAAGAGGAUGUAAACCAGGUGCCUCUUACAAGCAGUGACAGCAUAGAGGAAUGUAAGAAUAAAAAAAAGGUUGUUGAGGAUGAAGGUGUGGAUACAAAUAGCGAUGCCAAAAUAGAUGAGCCAUGUCACACAAGCGAGUCUCCAGUGAAGAUCCCAUCACCUAAUGUUGUUGUCAGCAUCCCUGCAUCAGAGCGUUUGUCUGCUGAGUAUGCAAAACAACCUGAGCCCUCUCCUGGACGUAAAGCUGCUAAAAUUGCCAUAGCGGGUAACGCCAGAAGGUCCCGCCAAAGCUCUGUUAGGUGUUCCCUCAAGGUGCGUCACUCUCUGACAGGCUUGCGUCACAGUAUGAAGAAGGAAUCUCUUCUCCGUGCCUCACAACGAUCCAUGAUGAAGAGAAAGGUGGCUCGUAUGGGCAACUCAUCAUGUAGCAGCAGUAUUGAUGAUGUUUCAAAUGAUUCUACGGAAGAGACUGCGGAAAAAGUGGCUGUUCCAGAAGACACAUGGCCUGAAACUCGGGGUGCAGAGCUGUCUUUGGCACGUGUUACUCGUUCUGUGGCUGCUAACUCACCCAAACUGGCCCCGCCAUCGCUGUUUACCCCAGACAGGAGCACCAUGGACAAGAGAAUAGUUGUCCCUGACAAGCUUCAUACGUCUGAGACAGGCCGGAGGUCAAGUCAGAGCAUCAAACGCAAAGCACCAUAUACUGUGGAGGAUAGUCCUAAGAGAUUCUCGCCUCCCAAGAAGAGUCACAGCGCAGCCAGACCGAAUAUGAGAUCUUUCCUCCACACUGUGCAGAAGAAUCAGAUGCUGAUGAUGACUCCAAAUUCUUUCAGUCGUAAUCCUGUCAUAAAGUCUUUCAUUAGGUACAACACUCCUCUCAAGAUUGAUCCCAAGUUGAGCACCACUAUAGUGACCAAAGAGCGUCAAAAGCUGGAGGCACUUAAAAAGAAGCAGGAACAAGAAGAGGAACGAAUGAGGAAAAUGGAAGAGGAGAAGAAAAAGAAACAAGAAGAAUUCAAAAGGAAGAGGGAUGAGAGACUAAGAAAGGUGUUUGAGGCCAAAAUAAAAGAAGAACAGAGAGAAGAGGAAAAGAAAAAGAAGGUUGAACAAAAAAUGGCCAAUAUUGAUGGGAAAAAUGAUAAGCGUCAGGCUGAGGAGAGGGCCAAAAAGAGAAUUGCCAUCAAACGCCAGGAGGAGCUUGAGCAGAAACGCAAGCUGGAAGAAGAAACUAAAAAGAAGAAGAUUCAGCAAGCGGAGGAGGAGAAGCGCCAACAAGAGUUGCUGGUUAAGAAGGCCAAAGAGGAAGAAAUAAAAGCUAAAAAGCUGGCUGAAGCUCGCAGAGCGUUGGAGCUGAAAAGGGAGCAGGAGCGUGAAAAGGAGCUGGAAAGAGAACGCCAAGCUGCUGCUGAAAGGGAGCAAGCGGAAAAAGAGAAGGCUCUCACUCUGCAACGGGAACUGCAGAGAGCUGCUCGAGAGAAGGAGAGAAGAGAAAUGGAAGAAAAAAUAAAAGCGCUUGAGAAAAAAAGACAGGAGGAGGAGGAGCAGAGGUUAGCUGCUGAGGAGAAAGCUGCUAAAGAAAGAGAAGCUGCUGUUGCUGCUCUACAGGCUGCCAACACACAUAAGACUGCUGCAAACCUGAAUGUGACUGUGGAUAUUGAGCGUUCUGUAAUGACCACACCUGCAGGAAAAGGCUGUGGACUCAAUGUCACUGUAGAUAUGGAGAAAUCCCCACAUACGACGUACUUGAUCACUCCAAAGGGUGGCAAGAACGCGAAGACUAUGUCCAAAAAUUCAGACGACUACGGUAUGGACCAAAACAGCGAUGAUUCUACUGAUGACGAGUCUGCUCCAAAAAAGCAAAUUCCGUCUUGGGCAGAAGGUCACAAUCUACAAACGAUAAUUAUGAAACAGUACUUCAAUCCUCCUGACUUGGACUCUUUCUUUGGCUCGAUCGAGGCACCAAAGCUGGAGAACAUCUUUUACAAGAGCAAACCUCGCUACUUUAAACGCACCAGCUCUGCUGUGUGGCACUCACCUCCUGUUGGGAAUAAGUAACAGGUGCACUGAUUAUUAUAGUGAGGCCUCGCUGUACAAAUCUUUUCUGUUUUAGGUUGGCUUUUCAAUAAAAAUGUAUGUUUGGGAUGUUUUUAGAGUAUUACAGUAAAUGUGCGUCUUGCAUGUUUGUAGAUGGGAAAUGUUUAGCAUCUUGUAACAUUAAAAUAUAAAGAAUGACACCAUCGGUGUUUGUUCCCAAUUUGUUUUUAUUCAA